CUGACAGUCGGUAGGGGGGGGGAGGUCCUAAUCUCGCCGAGCAGCUGGGAGCAUUUUACCACGUGACGUGAGGGAUGUUAGAGAGCAGCCAUCAUCAUUUCACACAAUCCAUGUCCAGCCUGGAAUGGCUCAAGCUCGGGCGACAAGGAAGCAGGAAACUACGAUGGAGUAAGUGCAGAGUGUGAAGCCGGAGCCGGUGACAUCUCCUCCUCUGUUCCUCUGCCUCCAUUAAGGUAGUCUUCAAACAACACCUGGGCUGACAACUGCUGUCUGCAUCUAGUGGCAGAGGAGCACUGUUUCUGAGGUUGCAGGAGCACAGUGGAGGAGCGGGGUCUGAGGCUGAAUACUCCCCCCAUUAGUCUUUGAGGAGGGGGGAGUAGGAGGAGGGGGCGGAGGGGGAAGGAGCUGCUGUAACGACCCCGAGCAUGGGGCAAAAAGUCCCUGGUGGCAUCAAAACCAUUGAUAUGCGAGAUCCGGCGUUCAGUCCCCUGAAGCUGGAGCUACAGGCCCUGAGUCACACCAAGCCGUCUCGACUCGAUCUGCUGCUGGACAUGCCGCCUGCUGGCCUGGACGUGCAGGUCCAGCACUCGUGGAACAACGACGACCGUUCCCUCAACAUCUUUGUCAAGGAUGACAACAAGCUGGUGUUCCACAGGCACCCCGUGGCGCAGAGCACAGACGCCAUCAGGGGCCAUAUCGGCUACACAAGGGGUUUGCACGUGUGGGAGAUAAGCUGGGCCAUGCGUCAGCGUGGGACGCAUGCCGUGGUCGGAGUGGCUACAAGUGACGCCCCGCUACAUUCCGUAGGCUACACAGCGUUAGUAGGAAGCAAUGCGGAGUCGUGGGGCUGGGACCUGUGCAGGAGUAAACUCUCCCAUGAUGGCAAGAACCAACCAGGGAAAACAUACCCAGCCUUCCUUGAGCCAGACGACACCUUCAUAAUACCCGACUCCCUCUUAGUAGUCUUGGACAUGGACGAGGGAACUCUGGGUUACAUAGUGGAUGGACAUUAUCUAGGAGUAGCAUUCAGAGGACUUAAGGGCAGGAAGCUGUACCCGGUGGUGAGCGCCGUGUGGGGACACUGUGAAAUACGAAUCCGGUACAUAAAUGGUCUUGAUCCUGAACCCCUCUCUCUCAUGGACCUGUGUAGGCGUUCGGUGAGGGUGGCAUUAGGAAGAGACCGUCUGAGUGAAAUCCAUAGACUGCCCCUGCCAGCUUCUCUCAAGAACUACCUGCUCUACCAAUGAUGGCGCUUACAGUUACAUCACACACAGAAACACACAGAAACACACACACAGACACAAACACAAACACACACACACACACGCGCACAGCACACCCUUGUCUCUUUCUCAUGUUUCUCUGGGAUCCUUCUUGGGUUGAACCCGUUUGACAGGAUUGUUCAAACCUCUCAACAAGUUUGCUUCUCUGUCAGUUUCUUAUCCUGUUUUUAUGACUCUUUGCAAUUGUAUUCUUUAACUUUAUAAAAAUCAGGAAUCACUGAGCACUAUGCACAUGCUGAUCCAGGCGAUGCAAUGACAGUCACCAUAUUGGUGUACCUCCUCCAGUUUGAUGUGGCAUAUGUAGUCAGUACCUCUGCUGCGACCUCCAGGCUUUGUGAUUCAAACAUUUUAAAUGUUAUUGUGCUGAGACAAGUGUGUAAUGGAAAUUUAACUUGGUGCAAAAGUGCUCUGUCAGUAUCUGACCACAAGGUGGCAGCACAUACACAUGUCAACUUGUGCAUCCUCAAAGAACUUGAGAAUUAUAACUUGAAACCCUAAUGCUUUCAGAAAAUGUGUUUUUUAAUUAGCUAAUAAAUGAAAAAAAGUGAUGCUGACCACUCCAUUGUGAGUCUGAAAUGCAGUGUGGAUGAAAGCACUGGGGCAGCUGAAGAGCAGCUCCACAACUCACUGCACUCAGUUCUCUAUGCGAUAUGGAUGGAAGUCCACAUCCUCAGCAGAAACUGUAAAAGAAGAAAAAUGUCACUGUGAUUAUUUGUAGCAUGCAUCUACAGGAUUUCUUUUGUUCUUUAUACAAUCAGUGUCUUUUUAAUCUUUUCUGUCACUCUACUUUUUGUAGUUCAGUAAUUUUCGCCCACAUGCUGUCAAGGCUCAGGAGUGCAGUGUUUAAUUAUUUGACCAGUCUCGUCUGCAGAUUUCACUGGUUUGCACAUAUUAAACCAGGACGGUUGGUUGUGAUGUAAACCUGCUACUCACGGGUCUCACUGUCACAUAGCUGAGAGCCAUUGAUGUAGUGUUUGUGUUUUAUGAUGAGGUGGGGGCCAGAUUAUGUAGGUGAACAGCGUUGUGCCUGAAUCAGCAAACCUCAGAUUUAAGGCAACGUAAUGACAGAAAACACAAUCCACAAAGUGCUGCACAAAUGUGAAGGUCUGAUUGCCAACAUAUUGUCAAACGCCAUAUCAUAGACCUGUUGACUCUAGUAUUUUUUAAUGUACAGACGUCCACGUUCAGCACUCAGCUGGACGUGGACACACUGUGCCACACCUUACUUUUCCUUGCUUGCAGAUUCCAUUUUAUUUGUACUCCUUGUUGUAGAUUUGUUUGUAAGUAUCUAUUAAAGAUUAUUUCAAAUUA